AUGGUUUCUUGUUACCUGGAUGGCCACUGGGAUGCACCACCAGCCUCCUUCUCUGUCCUAGAGGAAUACAGAGCCCGUACUGCCCUCCAGCUCUGCAUCUGGGGUCUAGCUUCAAGGGAGAAGGAAAAAGCAGUGACUGGUGUCCUGGGCUCCAACCUCAUCAUCCCCAUCUGCACCCUCAUCCAGGUGACUCUAUGUGGCCUCUGGCUGGGAAUCUCUCCUCCCUUUGUGGACACAGAUGCACACUCUGAACAUGGCCACAUCAUCCUGUGCAACAUGGGCUCUCUCACCGCCUUCUACUCUGUUCUGGGUUACCUGGGCACCUUAGCCCUGGCCAACUUCAUGGUAGCUUUCCUGGCCAGGAACCUGCCUGACACCUCCAAUGAGACCAAGUUCCUGACCUUCAAUGCUGGUGCUCCAAUAAUUGUCACUGAGCCUUUUCUGACCACGGACUACUCUGACCCUUUAACUUUCACCUGGCAUCCUCUGCUACCAUCCAUAUGCAUCAUCCCUAGUGGCUUUCAGCCGGACCCCAGAUGCAGGGCCGGAGGGCAGAACGACUCUGUAUUCCUUCAGGACAGAGGAGGAGGCCUGUGGUGCAUUGCAGUGGCCAUGCAGCUUCCGCUUGUGGUCAGUUCCUCUGAAGAUGCCAGAUGCAUUUACACAGAGAAAUCUGUGGCACACAGCAAGGGAGAUGCGGUGAUUGCUGGGUUUUUCCCCCUUUAUUCUUGGGAAUUCAUUCGCAACAUGAAUGACCCUGGUAUGCGGCAACAGGGCCAUCGGCUCAACUUAAAGAAAUACCAGUUGGUUCUGUCCCUGACCCUCGCAGUUGAGGAAAUCAACAAGAAUCCCCAUCUGCUACCCAACAUGACCCUGGGGUUUGAGAUCUAUAUUUCACAUUAUGUAGAAGCUGAUCUGUUAGAGAAUCCACUGACCUUACUGUCUGGGAAGAAUAAAAACAGCCCUAAUUAUACCUGCAGGAGAUAUAGCAAAGCUGUAGCAGUACUCACAGGAACCUCAAGCACAUCUGCCCCAAUUGGAACACUGCUAAACCUCUAUAAACUUCCACAAUUCACCUUUGGAUCUUUUGAUCCUUUCCUGAGUGACCAUGGACAGUUCAGUGCUGUCUAUCAGAUGUCUGCCAAAGACUCAGCUCUAGCCCUAGCCAUGGUCUCCUUGAUGCUUCAUUUCAGCUGGACCUGGGUGGGACUGUUCAUCACCGAAGAUGACUAUGGUGUGUGGUUCCUCUCAGAACUGAGAAAAGAGAUGGACAAGAAUGGAAUCUGUUUUGCCUUUGCAAACACAAUCACAUACAAUGCCAUACCAAAUUUUGCAAAUGAUGCAUUGAUAUAUAGCCAGAUUAUGGAAUCAUCAACCAAUGUGACUAUCAUUUAUGGGGACAGUGAAUUUCUACUAAGCUUUAUUCUUAAAUUAGGGGACUUUUUAAUUACAGGGAAAGUCUGGGUCAUGAACUCACCCUAUGAUGAUGUGACCCUCAGCAAAAGAUAUUUCCUGCUAGACACCUUCCACGCACCCCUCACCUUCUCUCACCACCACGGGAACAUUUCUGGGUUCACCAGUUUGAUCCCAUUAGCUGAAUAUUCCAAGAACUCAGAAGAUAUUUCCCAUCCUAGCUUAUGGAUUCAGGCUGUUCAAUGUAUACUGAUUAAGUCUGACUGUACAAAAUUGGGGCACUGUUUCUAUAAUACCACACUGGAUUGGUUGCGGGGGCACAUUUUUGACACAGCUGUGCCAGAAGAGAGUUACAACAUCUACAAUGCUGUGUAUGCCGUGAGCCAAGCCCUCCAUGAAAUGCUUCUUCAUCACACGGAAGAGCCACCAGCACACAAUGAGCAACCAAGGAUAUUUCUCUCUUCACAGCUUCAUCCCUUUUUGAAGAAGAUCCAAUUUAUCAAUGCAGUUGGAGAACAAGUGGUUUUGGAUGAGGAAAGGAAAUUGGAGGCAGAGUAUGACAUUGUGAAUUUAUGGAAUUUUCCAGAUGGUCUGGGACAAAGGGUAAAAGUUGGCAAGUUUUCUCCAUCUGGGCCACAUGGUCAACAACUGAGUUUGUUUGAAAAUCUGAUAGAGUGGCCCAUAGGAAUUACCAAGACUCCUCAGUCUGUCUGCAGUAAGUGCUGUGGUCCUGGAUUCAGGAAGGCCCCUCAGGAAGGAAAAGCUCCAUGUUGCUUUGACUGUACCCUUUGCCCAGUGAAUGAGAUUUCUAAUAGGACAGACAUGGAACAGUGUGUGAGGUGUCCAGAUCACCAGUUUGCCAACACCCAGAGAAACCACUGCCUGAUGAAAACUGAGAGCUUCCUGACUCAUGAAGACCCCCUGGGCAUGGCUCUGGCCUGCACUUCUCUCUGCUGCUCUGUACUCACAGCUGUUGUUCUUGGGGUGUUUAUCAAGCACCAAGACACCCCCAUUGUCAAAGCCAAUAACCGGGCCCUCAGCUACAUCCUGCUCAUCUCCCUCACCUGCUGCUUCCUCUGCUCCUUGCUCUUCCUUGGCCGUCCGAACACAGCCACCUGCAUCCUCCAGCACACAACAUUUGCAGUGGUCUUCACCAUGGCUGUCUCCACGAUCCUGGCCAAGACCAUCACUGUGGUUCUGGCCUUCACGCUCACUGCUCCAGGGAGAAGCACGAUGAUGUGGCUGGUGUCCCGGGCUCCUAACCUUAUAAUCCCCAUCUGCACCCUCAUCCAGGUUACUCUCUGUGGCCUGUGGCUGGGAAUCUCACCUCCCUUUGUAGACACAGAUGCACACUCUAAACAUGGCCACAUCAUCAUCCUCUGUAACAUGGGCUCUCUCACUGCCUUCUACUGUGUCCAGGGAUACCUGGGUGCCCUGGCCCUGGCCAGCUUCACUGUGGCUUUCCUGGCCAGGAACCUGCCUGACACCUUCAAUGAAGCCAAGUUCCUGACCUUCAGCAUGCUGGUGUUCUGCAGUGUGUGGCUCACCUUCCUGCCUGUCUACCACAGUGCCAAGGGGAAGGUCAUGGUGGCUGUGGAGGUCUUCUCCAUCUUGGCCUCCAGUGCAGGGCUCCUUGGCUGCAUCUUUGUCCCCAAGUGCUACAUCAUCUUGAUAAGACCUGAGAGAAAUUUUUUACAGAAAAGAUCACAAUCUGCAAGAAAUAAACCUUAA